ACAUGCCCAUCAAAAAUCUUUAGACAUCCAUCUGACAGCGGUACUGCAGGGAGCUGACAGGAGCCUCUACCGCUCAACACAUUUUUACGUAAUUUUUCAUUAUGAAAUUUCCUCUGUUUUAUUUCGCUUCCUCAAGACGCAUAUGAAGGCUCGGUUAAAUGCAGUUCUCUGACUGAGGGGAUUAUCCUCUUAAAAGAUUUCACGCUAGACGGACGCUUAAUUUUUCCUCACUAUGGCGACAGUUGUGAUGGAGCAGAUUGGGCGGCUGUUCAUCAAUGCACAGCAGCUUCGCCAGAUCCCACGUUUCCUGGAGUCAGCUUUCCCUAAACUGCCUUGUACUGUGAUGGUGAGCGAUGUGCCGUGGGUUUUCCGCGAGUCACACAUAUUCACGGGCUACCGGCCGCCUGACCAGAACUGGCGCUACUACUUCCUCACUCUGUUUCAGAGGCAUAAUGAGUCUGUAAAUGUGUGGACACACCUGCUAGCCUCCCUCAUUAUCUUAGUCAAGUUUCAGGAGCUGUCUGAAACUGUGGAUUUCCUGCGAGACCCGCACGCCCAGCCGAUGUUCAUCUUGCUCCUAGCCGCGUUCACCUACCUGGGCUGCAGUGCGCUGGCCCACCUACUCUCAGCCAAGUCUGAGCUCUCCCAUUACACCUUUUAUUUUUUGGACUAUGUGGGCGUAGCCGUUUACCAGUAUGGCAGCGCCCUGGCCCACUUCUAUUACGUUGUCGAAGAAGAAUGGCACGCCCAAGUACGAAGCUUUUUCUUGCCAGCUGCAGCCUUCCUGGCCUGGCUGUCCUGUACGGGCUGCUGCUACGGCAAGUACGCCAGCCCAAGCUUGCCCAAGUUCGUUCACAAGCUAUUCCAGGUGGUCCCCUCGGGCCUGGCCUACUGUUUAGACAUCAGUCCGGUGUUCCAUCGCAUCUAUAAAUGCUACAGCUCCGAACAAGGCUGUGCUGACCAGGUGGUGGACUACCACUGCUAUCAGAUCCUCUUUUUUCUGAUCAGCGCCUACUUCUUCUCGUACCCCCAUCCUGAGCGCUGGCUCCCGGGAUGUUGCGACUUCAUCGGACAGGGCCAUCAGAUCUUCCACGUGUUCCUUGUGCUCUGCACUCUAGUGCAGAUCGAAGCUGUACGCAUGGAUUUCACCGAGAGGAGACCUCUCUACGAACGUCUUCAUGGUGAUUUGGCUCACGAUGCAGUGGCUCUUUUUAUCUUCACAGCGUGUUGCAGCGCUCUCACUGCGUUCUAUGUGCGCAAACGGGUGAAGGCGUAUUUAGAAGAGAAGCAGGAGUAGAUGUCUUGGCAGGGACCUUGCUUGCACAUGUAGGAGGGAUUGCACUGGUCUACAACAACUGAAGCAACUAACAAUAAAGGACCUUCUUAUUAUUUUUCAGUUGAUCCCAUAUUUGCUGUUAAUGGUUUAAUUAUGUGGCCUGCCAGUGCAUUUUGAAGCAACAUUCUUUCUGUUAACCAAACUGGUGACAUGCUUUAAAACCGCAUUACUCAUCGAGAAUGGCUCUAAAAUAAUGGAUUGCUUGCUAGAAGGUGCUCAGUUCCUAAGCGGAUCUGUUUGAUGAGUGCCAUUCCAACCUUAUAAACCCAGUUUACGUGAAAUCUGUGAGGGAAUGUCAGCAUUUUGCUGGCAGGUUAGUUUGCCUACUUGAUAGUUUAUGUUGACCAUAACUGGAUAUGAUCAUACUUGCAUUGUGCCUCUAAAUCCAACCUAAUUUUGGCGUAGUGUGGUCUUAAUUAUUUGUUACAUGUCAUUUACACAUUUGCCAGACAUAUUAUAUUGCAUUCAAAAUACACUCUUUCCCCCUGCAUUCCAUGUAAAUCAAACCCAUAACAUUGGCUUUGCAAGUGCCACAUGCUACUGUUACAAGAAUGCACACUGGAAAUUAAAAUGCGAGUAACUAAAGUUCCCACGCCAUUAGACCAGUGCAAUUAUCAAAAUGUGGAGCUCAGAUGAACCUAAUUUAGAUGUCAGUUAAAUGCACAGGAUAAACCAUGAAAGAAAUGUUACAAACUCCAUAAGAAUUACCUUAUUGAAAGAUUUUUAACCAGUUUCUCUUUAAUUAAUCCGAUCAAAUUCCGACCUCUACGGUGCUUUUUAGAUUUUAAACGUUUUGGCUUCACUUAUUUCAACAGAGCAAUGCAAAUCAGUGUCAAAUUAACUUCUGACUUGCCUUACAGUGCGUCUAACCCACCCAGUGCCAUGUUAAGGUUAGUUUAGAAAUACCUGUGAAUUGCAAUCGACUGGUUUUGCACUGCCAGUGAACACUUCCCUGCCUUUUAGAUGUAUAGCCAGUGAGCUAAGAGGGCUAAAGUGCCAGAUUCUAUGAAAAAAAAAAAAAAAAAAAAAAACAGCAGGCAGGAUGUGAUGUCACUGGAUUGAAGAAUAGGGGUUGUAGCUCAGGGGUAGAGUGCAAGCAAUGUUGGACUAGGGCAGUCGUGGCCUAAUGGUUAGAGUGUCAGAAGGUAACCCGAAGGUUGUGGAUUUGAUUCUCAAAACCGGCACGUUAUGACUGAGUUGUGUGUGUGUGUGUGUCCAUUACUCACUGCUCCUAAUGGGUCUUCACUAACUUGAAUGGGUUAAAUGCAGAGGAUAUAUUCCAAAUAUGGGUCACCAUACUUGGCCUUCACUUUAUGUCACUCACUUGUAUAGUCAAAUUGAAGGAUUUCAAUGCAACAACUGGAUGAUUAUUAAUUUUGACGCAAAAAUGAAAAACGGUCUGUAUUUUAUGAUUCUCAAACUUAUUAGAAAGUUGCUCAAUGACACUUUUUUGCAUAAUGUUACAAUAGACAGUUCACCCCAAAAUGAAAAUCCAUCAUUUACUCACCCUAAUGUUGUUCUAAACCUGUUUUAUUUGUUCAAACAAUAAAGGUCAAUGGGGUCCAAAUAACAUUGGAUUACAUUGAUUUUCAUUGUAAAUGAUGGCAGAAUGUUCAUUUUCGGGUGAACUUUCACAGCCAAAGAGGCUUUUGAGAAACAAUGACACGUCCUUCAAUUCUAUGAUGUCCUUUUGUCAUGAAGAUGCUCCUUUUGUACACAAGGGCUAAAACUACGGUAUGGCCUUUACCUUUACUCAUACCCUGAUAUGAAUGCCUUUGUGUGUUCUGUGCAUACAUGGAUUUUUCUAUUAGAAGUUCCGCACUUUACUUACAAGAGCAGUCUGAGCAUCAGAACUAAUAUGUGUGAAAUGUAUAUUCUAAUGUGCCUGACUACAUGCAUGCUUCCUUGUGUGAGUAUACAUACAGGUGCUUGUGUGUGUGUGUGUGUGUGUGUGUGCGUUUUUGAAUGUAUAUGUAUACCUAUGUGAGAUGGCUACUGAUGAGAAAGGAUAUGAAGGCUCUAUCUUAAGUCUGAACCUGUCUGGCCUUUUAAUGACCGUGAAAUACAUCUUGUGUAUCUUCCCUUGUUUCAGACCUUGUCCAUAACACAUAUCCAUCAGAUAGAAAGUAGAAGGAUAAUCUACUUUCCCAUUGAAGUGAUCCAUAUUCACCUGAGAUGAAUAUUGUGGUGUCACUAGACUGUUGCUGCAUUUCCGGUCCCAGAAAAACAAAUUGUUGCUGUGGUAUGAGCCGUUUGAGAUCAAAGUCAUGAUAAACGGUGACCAGCAUUUAUUUUUUCAACCUGGAAUACAUAUGGCAGAAAAAGGGGCCAUUCACACAGACCAUGUUUUUGCGAGACACUAGAUAAUGUAAUACAAAAAUCAAGGUCUAGGAAUGCUUUUUUAAAAAGUUGAACUUAUUUUAGCGCUACUUUUUAAAAUAGCCCUGUCAUGCACGAGGCACUGCAAAAGACAAAGGUCAAAUGUGUCCAUCUAGCGCAUGUUUACAUUGAACAAUAAUGGAAAAGCAGCAAAGUGAAAAGCAAACGUAAGUUGCAGGGUAGUGGGAUGAAAAUUUGCAUGGACUAGAGAAUGGGUUUUUUUAAGUUUUAAAAUGCUAUGUUUGAGAGCUAUGCUGGAAAAAGACCCGAGACGCAAGCAGAAUGGACAAAGACAUUAGUCUAUCGCUUGUUUACCUCAAAAAAAAAAAAAAAAUGUGCUUAAAACGCGAGACGCAGGGCAGUGGGAUUAAAAAAAUAACCCGAUUAUUUUAACUUGACACAGCAUUCUACAAACAGCGCUCAUGCGUGAGAUGCUGUAAAAGAUGUUUACAUCGAAAAGUAAUGGAAAAGUGCAGUGAAAUGAAAAAAUGUGCUCAAUGUGAGCAGUCCUUAAGGGUUGAAGUUGAACUUAUUUUAACUUGAGCCCCACGUUUUUAGAAUACCAGGCCGUAUCAUACGCGAGACACUGCAAAAAACGCGACCGCACCAGUCAAACACGUACGAAAAUGGAAAAGUAGCGCAGUGAAAUUGAAAAAAAAGUAUUCUGUGUGAACGGCCCCUAAGCCAUUUUAACAGCACCAGCAGACAACAAUGAUGUCACAGAUUGAUGAUGUUGUCGCAAGUCUGGGACUGAUGAAGUGACUAACGUCAGUUGGCUCUAAAUGGUGAUUUACAAGGCAAAUGUCUCAGAAAAUUAUCACAUGGUGGGUGCUUUAUUUAUUGAAAAACCAUAAUGAUAUAAAUAAGAAAUUAUUUUAGAAUAUUAAUUUUUACAGAAGAUAUUAAACAGAAACAGAACAUGUUGUUUUUACUGUUGUACCAGCCUGUGUUUAGGAAACAAAUGGACCCUCUGAAAUCACAGAGAGUGAACAGGGAGGCUGCCAAGAGCUGAUGUCUCUGAGGAAGACAACAGAUGAGGUCAUAUCCUGGCACGACCGGGAUUUGACCUAAAGCCUCAAUUCCUGUAACGCUCAAGUGGAAUUAAAAAAAAAAA